CCGCAUCCCAAACGCAGUGCGCGACGUCCGGUGUCGGCCGCGACAUCGACCAAUUAAACAAUACGUGAAACGACCGAACCCCUCAUCCGACUCAAAACGAAAGUGAAUCAAUCAUACAAUACUUACAAACUAAAAUCAAGCUAUUAAUUGGCAAAGUUAAUAACUUGAAGCCUCCACAGAGACCAACAACCUAAGUAAAAUGGUCAAAAUGGCGGCUCGCCGAAACUGCGUAUAAACAGGAAGCAGCUUAUGCUUCAUCAGUAGGUUUUGGUGCAUUACGCACGAUUCGAUUCUUUUCACACACGCACACCAAGCCAAGACAAGUUGAAAAGGCGAAACGAGUUCACGUGUGUGCGACUUGGUUUGUCAUUCACUGAGCGAACCUUGCAACUCUAAAUGCGGUGAUUGCGUGGUCGUCAUCAGCUUGCCGCUCGACCACAUCGACAUCGCACAUCACAGUGUGCUUUGACUUGAUAUUAAUACAGCACGCAUAACAAAUAACACGAAAGUUGACAAGAAAUGCAUGCCUGUAUGGCUACCUGGUGGUAAUUAUAAAUUCCAGGAAAAAGACGAAAAUAUUAUAUUAUCCAGAAAAUAAUAGCAACUCGGUGGCGAAUAUUGGGAUUAUUUUGCACUAGAAAUUUAAAAAACUGAGUGUAAAAAUGUCACUAUUACAACAAAACGCCAACGUGAUUCGUCGCAGUAAUAAAACUGACUUUACCACCGCCAACCAUGGCAAUGGUAGUUUAACAAACGCUGGGGUUUUAUCACGAGAGCGCAGUUUUGUGAAGCAGAGUAAUCUUCAUAAGCGCCGUUCGCAAACAAUAUCAUCUCUUAAGGCUCUCAAUAAACCUACCAUGGAGAUCUACCGUCCACCAAACGUACGCUCCGACCUCUUACCUGCUCUACAACAUCAUCAUGGGAACCAUGGCAAUCAUGGAAACGGAAAGUUAAACGUCCAUGCCAAAGAAUUCACUAUGCAACAAACGCAUGAACUACAACAAUCAAAGUCAAGCGGCAAUCUCUCGCACUAUCUAAAUUAUAAUCCAAAUUUAACUGGAGACAUUAUACAACAAAAGUCUUCUCUAAGGCAGUUGCCUUUAAUUAUGCCGGGAAUGAUGAGCAAUCCCCUAAUGCAUUCUGCAACGUCUAUUAUUGUUCCAAAUGCACAUAGGGUCAACUUUCAAAUUCCUGAAUAUACAACACAAGCGAGAGGUCAUAGUCCGCAAAAUCCACAAGGUUUUAAUGCAUCUAUGGGCUUGAAACGCUCUAAAAGUAUGAUUGAAACCCAACCCAAUCGUAUCAAAUGUUUCAACAACGAAGAAAUUGAUCUUGGCUCCUUUUCUGAAGAGGAUCGCACUAACUUAAAACUUGCUUUGGAAGAUCCCAAUGCCCUACAAUCAAGAACCUUGAUGGAUUUGGUGAAGCUUAUUCUAGAACGUGUUGUUGAGGGAAUAAAAUACUCAGAAGCAGGUGCUAAAUUAUGUAUUCGCAUUAUUGACGCGGAACGUAACCAAACCUUUCUGGAAUCCUUGAUUAACACUUGUCAGCAAUGGUAUCAAGAACGCGAUAAGAUAUUACGAGGACAAAAAGCCGGUGAUGGGACACGCUUUACUGCUUUCAUGUGGUUCCUUACUGAAAUGUGUGGACAGUUGAAGAGACACCAGAUGAAGUCGCAGUUUGAGGCAUUGCAACCUGAUAUGGUACUACUCUCAGUUUUGGGAAAGUGUUGCAUGGCGUGCGUUAGUUUGCCGAUUAAAUGUUUGGCAGAGACUGAAUGUCUCUUCUUUGUUCUUACGUCUAUAGGAAGGGAUCUUGAAAAUGAACUUCCUUUGCAAUUGGACACUUUGAUGGCAAGUGUCAGAGAUGGUUUCUUAGCCAGCGCAGGAAGUCCUGCUGUGCGUAGAACCUUGCUGCAGUUGAUUGAGUUACACGCGUCAAAGUGGCAAUUGCCUGGUUCAUCGGUGCUGUAUUACUACCCCAGAGCAAAAUAAUUACAGAAAAUGGCGCACUGAUAGGAUGAGGAUGAUUCGACGAUAACUACGACACGAUAACUUGACGAAUAUCGAUAUUUAUUACUUAAUUUAUUAAUGUUUAACGUUUUGGACUGUAAUUUAUUUGUAGUCCCUUCGAUGAAUUAGUGGCAACUAUUUCGGAUUUUGUAUUUAUAACGUGAUUAUAUUUUAAAAUAAAUGUAUAAUAAUCAUAA